AUGAAGUCCAUUAUCCUGUUGCUCCUUCUCUCUCUACUCUCCUUGACAUCAGCUUACUACAACUGUGGUACCAACGCAUGUGACCGUUAUUGGACCUGUCUGAAGGGUAUCCCACCCUACCCAUCAUGUUCCAAUGGAUGUGGAGAGCGUGUAUCCUUAACCCAAGAUGUUGCCAACCGCUGGAAGCAGGAUGGUAUUGACUUUGUCCAGGUCACUGUUGUAGUUACCAACAUUGGACCAGUUGCCAUCAAGGAUGUUCUGAUCGAUGGUGCUGAGCUACCAUUCAUUGGCACUGAUCUCUGGAAUGUCAACCGUCUGCCAAAUGGUGAUAUUAUGUUCCCAUCAUACCAAGUCAGUUUGGCUGCAGGCUACUCCUUCACCUUUGGUUACAUUGCUCGCUCAGACUCACCUGCACACCUCUGGAUCAAGAACAUCUACGUCUUGUAA